AUGGACACAAAGGCACACAAACUCCGCCUUCUUUUGGGCCGGGCGCCCGUGCCGGCGCCGGAGCCGGCGCGCAGCGUGUCGCAGGAGGUCUACCGCCGCAAAUUGGCCGCGGACAUUGCCCGAACCAUCAACUUUAUCCGCCAGGCUGACGACGCCAUAGAACGGCUCCAGAAGCAACUCGGGCCCUGGCCGGCUGUCUUCAACGAGUCUGCCGCCCGCACUUCCGAAGGCCCGGCGCUGCCGGGCCCUCCCUGGGGGCUCGAAACCUGCCGCCAGGCGCAUCUUCUAGCGCACUUCGAGGUCUACAAACAGAUGCCCUACCAGCCCAUGAAAAACGACCUGAUCGGCAUAGCCACGGGGCUCACGUUGACCCUGGACGCCGUUGUGCAGCAGGCCGCGGCCGCCGAGACGCUCCGGCGGCAGAACGAGGCCACAACCGCCCAAAUCGCCCACUUGGCCGCGGUCCUCUCGGACUACAAGCGAGCCAACACGCUAGUCUUGGAGCGGGUGCGCGAGCACCCGCGCCGAACGGCCGAAAUGCAGCGGCGGAUCGCGCGUGUCUCGAGCUUCGGCGCUGAGGCUGCCGACAAGCUUGCGCACGUGCAGCGGCUUUCCGACGGGGCAACGGCCCUCGAGGACCGCUUGCACGCGCACUUGCUAGACGUGGUGACGAGGUUGUAUGCCAUGAUGGACUGGGAAAACGCGCACGUGAUGGACGAGGACACCUUCACCAAGAGCAUUGCGGGCUCCGUGCUUCUCGUCAAGCGCUUGGUUUCUUCUGUGGCCGAGGGGACAGACAAAUGGGUGACUGUGCGUCCGGGCACUGCAGAGGAGAGGCUAAUGGAGGUUAUGAUCCGCAACGACCUCUUGUUGCAUAGGGACGACAGGGGGGACUUGGAGGUGCGGUUGCGUGACUACGGGCUCUGA